CCCGCUACAAAUAUACUCUGAGGCAGUUCCCUUUUUUUAUUGAGUGCGCCGCUAGUUUGCCGCUUCAAGGCUGAACCGGGGACCUCGUGGCUGUCAAACUAACCAGCUUUAUCAUUAACCACAAGUAACUGUUACUCGGAAACUCAAACUGAGCAACUCCAACCGUUACUUAGUUGUUCGAAACUUCAACAAAACAAAGUGAAAGUAGCGUGAAAAGUUAAAGAGGGAGCUUUAAAAUACCAAGCUGUCCAUUUAGAGAGCAGUAUACUGGAGUUUUGUGGAUAAAGUCGCCUGACGUACGAAAAGUAACGUCUCCAUUCAUCCUCGAGAGUUGCACGCGCGGCUGUCUUGUGUUGCUGACACCUGCAAACAUGACGCGAAGACCCUGUGCGAUUUAUGCCGUUGGGGUCAUCUGCGCGUCCCUGCUGGUCGUUGGGAUUGGCUUGGUUGUGGGUCAAGUUUUCCGUACUUUGAUGCACGAACGUCUCAAAAGGGAGAUUGUGUUGGUCGAAGGCAGCCGUGUGUUCGAGUCAUGGAAAACCCCUCCCCCUCCAGUCUACAUGGAGUAUUUCUUCUUCAAUGUGACCAAUGUGGAUGAGUUCCUUCAAGGAGAAAAGCCAGAGGUCAAGCAGGUCGGACCUUACACGUACAGGGAGUACAGGUAUAAGGACAAUGUGAGCAUGGUUGAAAAUGGGACCAAGGUGUCAGCCUACAACACCAAAAGCUUUGUGUUCCUGAGAGACAAGUCUGUCGGUGACCCCACUGUCGAUAACAUCACCACUGUGAACAUCCCUUCAUGGGCUGUAAUGAACAAGUUGAAAGAUAGUUUCUGGAAGGCCUCCUUGGUGUCAAUGUGGAUGAGCUCCAUGGGGAGCGGUUUCUUCACCACUCGCACUGUGGAUGAGUUGCUGUGGGGCUAUGAAGACCCCCUGCUUGCACGUGUCUCUACCAGCAAUCCUGAUGUGGAGAAAGUCUUCGGCCUCAUGUACAAGAAAAAUGGAAGUAAUGAUGGGGAGUUUGUCUACCACACUGGGCAGCAGAACUACAUGGACUAUGGCCGUGUCGAAACAUGGAAAGGCGAAAGCAAGGUGAACUUCUGGACGUCUGACCAAAGCAACAGCAUCAAUGGAUCAGACGGGAGCGCUUUCCAUCCUCUGCUGAAAAAGGAUGAACGCCUUUAUAUCUUCACUCCAGACCUCUGCAGGUCCAUCUACAUGGAGUUCGAAAAGGAGGUAGAGGUAAAAGGAAUCCCAGCGUACCGCUUCACCCCACCUCGCUCCGUCCUGGCCAGCAAAGACGAGAAUCCAGCCAAUGAGGGUUUCUGCGUCAGUCCAAAAGAGUGCCUGGGAACCGGACUUCUUAAAGUCAGUCCGUGUCGGAAAGGUGCCCCAGUGGUCGCCUCCUUCCCUCAUUUCCACCUGGGCGACCCUAAAUAUGCUGCUGCAAUUGCAGGACUGUCCCCUCAAGCAGAGCAUCACCAAACCUUCCUUGACCUCAACCCGACCACUGGAGUGAUUGUACGUGCAAACAAGAGAGCACAGGUGAACAUCUUGAUGAGCAGAAUCUCUGGAUUCCCGAAAACUCGAACCCUGAAUGAGACCGUCUUCCCCGUCAUGUUCCUGAAUGAGAGCGUCACAAUUGAUGACGCAUCUGCAGCCAGAGUGCACAAGCUGCUCUUGAUUGCCACCCUGGUGUCAAACUUCCCGCUCAUUAUCGUAGGAAUGGGUGCCAUCAUGCUCACGGUCUUCAUCAUUCUCCUGUACCAGGCCCGCAAACAGAAGAAUGAAGUAAAGCGCAUUGUGUUUACCAAGCCUCUCUAUGCUACCUCCACUGAAGAGGACACGUCUUACUCUCCGGUCAGUGACAAAGAAAAGGAUGAUUCUCAAAAUGGGACCUACAUCGGUUUAUCGCCCAAAGCUGAACCUCAAGCUUGAGAGAGGAGGAAAGUGUGAGACGUGGGUGACAUGAGUAAGAGUUACACAUGAGGAUAAUUGUUUUCAAGAGCAGAAAAGGGCCCCAACAGAAAACUAAACGUUGCAUUUGUAAUUGGAAAUCUCAGAGGGUGGAGGUAAGGCGUCGAGGUGAGGGUCAUGUUUUUAGUCUCAAACAAACAGUACUGUUCGUUGUUAUUUUAGCCAUUGAGAGCUAGCCUUUUUCUUCAUUUGAAGAAAAAAAAAACACUUUAUAGUGCUACAUUUUGCUGUAACAAAUGACACUUCGCUGACUCUAUAACAUGUAGAGAGGACAGCACACUUUUUAGUUGUCUGGAAUAAACAAAACACAAUAUUUGAAUUUCAAGCCUGGGACCUAAAACAGGUUUUACUUUUUUUAAUCAAUACAAGACUUUUGACUUCAGAUUUUAGUAGCUGACUACUACGACAGGUUCAGGGCCACAUGUGAAAAAGAAAAAAGAUAGAAUCUAAAAAUAUUUUUCUAUUAUUACAAAGAUAGAGUUCUAUAUUUAUAAUGAUAAAGUUGUGCGAGAAAUCAAAUGUUGAAUUUACAAAAAAGUGUCAAAUUUACAAGAUAAAAAAAAUCAAGUUAUGGACUAAAUUAGCAUUCUUACGAGAAUGAAUUGGAAAUUUUAUGAGUAAGAUGUCAUAAUAACAGGCUAUGAUUAAUUUAUAUUUAAAGAAACAUAAGGGAUAUAUCUGAAGAGCAAUCAGCUGCCUGCACUAAAAUGAGGAAUUUGGUUUAUCUUGCACAAUCUAUUCAGAAUGCUGAUAAUGAGCUGAUGACCUAAAUCCCAGAGUAUUCAGUUGUACGAAACCUACACUUAAGUGAGUAUAGUUUCACAAGAUGCUUCAAGUAGCUGCUUUUACUGCAAGCAGCUGGCUGCUCUUCAAAUAUUCCCCUUCAAAAUAAUAUAACCUCAAAUUGAACUUUAUUCUUGUUGUACUACGACUUUAAAUUUAGGACGUUGUUCUCAAAACCUGUGUUUUUUCUUCCUUAUCGUGGCCUCAUCCUCCAUCGUAGACUGAUAUGUAACUGCAAGUCCAUAAAGUUUUUGUAGAUGUAGCUAGUCACUCUCAGGGGGCCUCUGCUUAGCUUCUGUCAAACAUUAUUAAAGCUGGAGAGAGGAUGAAAACACACAGCACAGUCUCCUCUCUAUGAAGACAUCUAAAGUAGUUCAGUAUUAUGUUUCCUUCACAUUUCAUCCUAAACUUAAUGUUACAAACAUUUUAAUGGCUCAUUAUAUUUCCUAUUCAUACAGUGUUUAGAGGGAUUUUUUGUUCGUACCUGUGAAGCCUUCGGGUAUGUCUUUGUAAAUAUACAGCGUAAGAUGUGCUGUACUGCUCACAUUCUUAUAUUGUUUGAUGGGGAUGAGCAUCAGACUAAAACGCUGUACAUUUUGGACACGUUGAUAUUUGUAAAAUAAGAUGUUUUUUUCUUUUGUUUGGAAUGUUAAUGUAGAAAUGUUGAAUGAAAAACUUUUUUUGUUAGAGAUUGAAAAAACGUGUUGUAAUCAGAAACAAUUAAAUCAGCCAUCAAUGCUUUGAAUUAGACAGUAAUUUAUGCUUGAAUCAAUGAUUGAAUGGUUGAGUCCAUUAUUCAUAAACUACUGAUUUUAUGUGCUGACAGUAUUUUUGCCCUGUGUAACUGCUUAUAUUAUCUAACAUGGCCAUAUCAUAACUUAUGUUAUCAUUUCAAAUUGUGCUUUAUUAUGUUGUUGAAGGCCUUUCUUGCAUUUUUGGUGCUGUGUGAACCCAUCCAUGUGACAGAGCUGUUUCAAUAUAUUUUCAAACAUCUGUGAAAGACUAGAUUUUAAUUCAGGUGUCCAACCUUUGGUAUUCAAAACUCACAAGGGGUCAAUAUGAAGAAAUGCUGUUGUUUUACCUUUAAAGAAUCAACGUUACUGGACUUGUUUCGGCUGUUUUUCAUGUAUAUUUUUUAAAGGAUGACAUGUAGUACCAACACAUCUACAUAUCACUUUUUUUUCAGAUACCAAAUGAACCAAGCAUGAAACUGGUUUUAUAGUUUUUGUAUUGCUUGAAUACUAGACUGUUUCACAGUGUUUUCACUCAAGGCUGUUAAAAAUGUAGAUUUCAGGAUCCAUUUAAUGUGAUAAACUGUAGAUAAUGCUGCAGAAUGACUUCAUUGAACUGUGAUGAGCUCAGCUUGUAUUACUGCUCUUAUUCGUAGUUGGAUGAAUGAGUUGCUUCAGAAACCUUGCACUCGUGUGCUUAGCAGUGAAUAAAACAGACCAGUGGAGAGGCUGUAACAUGUUUCCUCUAGAGAUAUCUUCUUAUUUGAUCUGACUUUUUGUGUUUGAUGUAUACUUACAUUCAAUUGUGUAUAAUAAGAUCAAAUAAAAAUGGAAAAAUGUAUAAAGAGUGCAUAAUUAAGUGUCAUCAUACUUUCUUGAAAAGGUGAGUGUAUAGAUAUGCCUGUAGUUUUUUGAAUGCACAACAGUAUUACCCAAUAUGAGUGGAUAAAUUAUUUUGUUACCAAAACACGAAGCACCAAAAAGACUACACUCUCGUUGCUGAUUUUACUUUCUGAAAUUAUAGUUACUUCUAUCACCACAUCUUCUUGCUGUCAACUUGUUUUGACAAAUUGUUAAUAUUUUUUUCUGUGUACACAAAAAUAAAGAUAUUUUAAAUGAC